AGGGGCGGGGCGGGACAGGGCAGGGCGGGGCACCUGACGGGCACUGCUCCACACCGGUUAUUUUAGACCCUAGAGGUGCACGGUGCCGGCCGGACCCCCAACACCCACCCACGGUCAGGGCCUCUGGUGUUCAUUCUCGCUGACGCUCGCCCUUCCUCCGGGGCAAAGCCAGGAGAGUGAAGGAACCCUCUUCGACGACACUCUACCCAAAAAGUCCCGAAGUCCUCUGGCGUUGCAGAGCGGAGGACUGAAGGACGUCGACUAUUUCCCUCUUUUUCUCUCGACAAAAGGAACCAAAUCCAUCCAAAAUGCGACUACUGACGGGAGCCCUGUUGGCUGUGGUCAUCCUCCUGCAGCUUCUUGGAGGAAAGACGCAAGCCCUAACUACCAAAGCAGACGUUAUCGAGGAAAUAAACGCUAAACAACUCGAAAACCUGUUAGCUGAAAGUGAUUACGUGGCAGUGUAUUGGUACAAGAAGAGCUGCAAGGACUGCGAUAAGGUCUUGGCUGAACUUGAAACCAUAGACGAUGACACGGACAGAUUCGGCGUGCAGUUCGUCAAGGUCGCUGACAAGAAGCUCGCGAAGUCCUACGGCGUCAAGACCUUCCCAUCUCUGUCCUUCUUCAGGAAUAAGGAACCCAUGCACUAUGAAGGUGACUUAAUGGACGAGGCUGGAGUCCUGGAGUUCCUGACGAGCCUCGAGGCCAUGGAACUUCCGGACCAGAUCGAGGAAGUCAACGCCAAGAUCCUUGACAAAAUCGUCGAGGAGCAGGAGUUCGUGGCCGUUCUCUUCUAUAAGAACGAGUGCCGACGCUGCGUGAAGGUCCUACAGGAACUGGAGAACGUUGACGACGACGCUGAUCAGCUGGGAAUCGCCUUCGUCAAGAUCAACGACGCGGAGCUGGCCGACGAGUACUCGCUAGGCGCCCUUCCAGCGCUCGUCUACUACCGCCGCCGCAUCCCUGUUGUUUACGAUGGUGACUUGAUGAACGAAGAUAAGGUUCUCGAGUGGCUGGUGGAGAACAAGAAUACAGGAGAUGACGAUGACUUUAUCAACGACGUGACAGCGGGUCUCCUCAACACACUGAUCGACUCCAUGGACCAUCUCGCCGUCAUUUUCUACGACCGUGACGAAUCCGACGACACAGUGAUCCUGCAGGAACUGGAGAACAUCGACGACGAACUGGACGCCCAAGGAAUCCACAUCGUCAAGAUCGCCGACGAAGUGGCUGCCAAGGACUACGGUAUCGAGGACACGCCCGCCCUCGUCUACUUCGAGCAUGAGAUCCCCUCGCUGUACGACGGGGACCUGCACAACGAGGAGGAGGUGCUGGCGUGGCUGAUCGAGCAGCUGCACACGGACGAGAUCGAGGACGUGACGGACGAGAUGCUGGAUAAGCUGAUCCGGGAGUCCGAUCACCUGGCCGUCCUUUUCUACGACGAGGACGAGCCGGAGUCCCAGCAGGUCGUGAACGAGCUGGAGAACAUCGACGACGAGUGCGACGCGAGCGGCGUGUCCUUCGUCAAGAUCGACAACGACGACGAGGCGCAGGAGUACGGCAUCGAGAAACUCCCCACCCUCGUCUACUUCGAGAAGGGCAUCCCGUCGCUCUACACCGGUAACCUGCUGGCCGAGGACGAGGUGCUGGACUGGCUCGUACACCAGGUGGAGGACGACGAGAUCGAGGACGUGACGGACGAGAUGCUGGACCGACUCAUCGACCGCACCGAGCAUCUGGCUGUCCUCUUCUACGACAAGGACUCCCGCCGCAGCCGCAAGGUCCUCGCCGAACUGGAGAACAUCGACGACGAGUGCGACAGCCGCGGUAUCUUCUUCGUCAAGAUCGACAACGACGAGGAGGCCAAAGAGUACGGCAUCGAGGCCAUCCCGACGCUGAUCUACUUCGAGAGCGAGAUUCCGUACAUUUUCGAAGGCGACCUGAUGAAGGAGGAGGAGGUGCUGGAAUGGCUGAUUCACCACGUCGACAACGAGGAGAUCGCGGACGUCACCGACGAAAUGCUGGACAAACUGAUCACCAAUGAACCCUUCUUGGCGGUUCUCUUCUACGACAAAGACGAUGCCGAGGACCACGAGAUCCUCGGAGAACUGGAGAACAUCGAUGAUGACUGCGAACAAGCGGGCGUUCGCCGUCCGAGAUCACGAAGGAGAAGCAGAGGAGGAUAUGGAAAAGACCAACCUUCCCCGUCUCCUCCGUCAGGUGAUCUCUCCAACGAGCAAGAAGUCCUGGCGUGGUUGCUGCAGCAGAAGAACACAGACACUAUCGAAGAAGUGACCGACGAAAUACUGGACGACCUCAUUGGCAACUUCGAAUACGUCGUUGUCUAUUUCAGCGGCAAGUGCGAGGAGGGCGAGAAGUGCGACAAGAUCCUGGACGAGCUGGAGAACAUCGACGACGACACCGACGACCACGGCAUGCACUUCGUCACCACGGAGGAGACGUCCCUCGCCCACGAACACGGCAUCAAGACCAUCCCCGCCCUGGCCCUCUUCAGGAACGGAGAGCCGGUGGUGUUCAAGGGCGACCUGACCGACGAGGAGGCCGUCCUCGCUUGGCUGACGAGCGAGAACACCCUCGAGAUCCCCAACCAGAUCGAGGAGGUCAACGAGAGGAUGCUGGACCGGAUCCUCAACACGUCGGAUAACGUUGCCGUCUUCUUCUAUUCCGAGGGUGACAAGAAGAGCCGAGACAUCCUCCUCGAACUAGAAAACAUCGACGACGAAUGCGAUGACAUCGGCAUUGACUUCGUCAAGGUUUCGGACGAAAACAUCGCUAAGGAAUACGAAGUCGUGAUCCUCCCAGCUCUCGUCUACUUCAGAAACCGUUUCCCCCAGAUUUACGAAGGCGACCUCAAGGACGAGGAGGCUUUGUUAGAGUGGCUCAUCGACAACAAGGACAAAGGACCAGCAUCUAUCAUCGAGGAGGUGGACGGCCAGAUGAUCCAGAGCCUCGUGGAGGGCUUCGAGUACCUCGUGGUGUACUUCUACGACGAUAACUGCCCCACCUGCGAGACCGUCCUGGCCGACCUCGAGACCAUCGACGACGAGACGGACGACGUCGGCAUCCAGUUCGUCAAGACCAACGACGUGGAGGUCGCCGAGGACCUGGGCAUCAGCCACCUGCCCGCCCUCGUCUACUUCGAGGGCGGCGUGCCCAGCAUCUACGAUGGUGACAUCCAGGCAGAGGAGGAUGUGCUGGAGUGGUUGAUCGAACAGAGGCACGAGGAUACCAUUGAGAAUAUCAACAGACAGCUUCUCUACACGCUCAUCGAUACGCAAGAUUACCUCGCUGUCUAUUUCUUCAACGAGGAGAACGACGAGUGUCCCAAGGUGCUCCGCGUGUUGGAGAAGAUAGACGACGAGGCAGCCGAGUACGGAAUCCAGCUGGUGAAGAUGAACGACCGCCUCAUGGCCAAGAAAUACGGCUUCAGGAACCCUCCAGGGCUGGUGUACUUCAGGAAGGGCAAGCACAUCAAGUACGAGGGCGACCUGUACGACGACGAGGACGUGCUGGACUGGCUCACGGCCCCCGAGAACAUGGAGCUUAACGACGCCAUCGAGAAGGUCAACAGGAAGAUGUUCGAGAGGAUCAAGCAGACCACGGAUUAUCUGGCGGUCUUCUUCUACGCCGAAGAAGGCUGCAAACAGUGCCAGAAAGUCCUCGCUGAGCUGGAGAACAUCGAUGACGAGGCCGACGCCAACGGGAUCGACUUCGUGAAGAUCGACGACUCUCAGCUGGCAAAGGAGGUCGGGGUCUUCGCGCUGCCGGCUAUCGUCUUCUACCGAGCUGGCACCGAGGAACCUAUCAUCUAUGCCGGUGGCGAUAUGAAGAACGAGGAGAACCUCCUGUCGUGGCUUCUGACGGAGAAAGACCCAACAGCUGACUUCAUCGAGGACAUGAGUGGCGACGCCCUCCUCAGAGUCAUCCGGGACUCUGAUGCCAUCGCUGUCUAUUUCUAUAAUGAAGACACCAACGCCUGCAGCACUUGCAUGAAGGUUCUCGAGGAGCUGGAGAACAUCGAUGACGACACGGACAGAAUAGGCGUCAAGUUCGUCAAGACCCAAGACGCCAAGGUGGCCGAGCGCUACGGCGUGGUGAGCAUGCCGGCGCUGCUGUACUUCGAGCACCAGAUUCCCACCGUCUAUGAAGGAGACCUGUUGGCAGAGGAGGACGUCUUACAGUGGCUCAUCCUUCAGAAGACUGAGGAUAGGAUUGAAACUAUCAACAGAAACAUGCUGGAGGUCAUGCUCGAAGACACUCAGUACCUCGCCGUCUUCUUCUACAAGCCGAACUGCCGCGCGUGCGACACCGUUCUGGCGGAGCUGGAGAACAUCGACGACGAGUGCGACGUGUACGGCAUCCACAUGGUCAAGAUCCAGGACACGCAGCUGGCUAAGCGCUACGGCAUCAAGACGCUCCCCGCGCUCAUUUACUUCCGCAAUGGCAACCCGCUCAUUUUUGACGGUGAUCUGAGCGUGGAGUCGAGUGUCUACGAGUGGCUAAUUGAUGAUGACAAUCGCGAAUUGCAAGGCACUAUUGAGGAAGUCAAUAGGGCUAUGCUCAAACGCUUAAUUGAAUAUAACCCGUUUGUCGCUGUCGUCUUUAUAAGUGAAAUAAAGAGUGGGAAUUUUCUCUUGGAAUGGUUGAGUGACGAUGACAAUCGGGAAUUAGUUGACGAAAUUGAGCACGUAAACCCUGCCAUGCUGGACCAACUAGUUGCACAGUCGACCUAUUUGGCCGCCUUGUUUUACGAAGACGACUGUGCGGAUUGUGAACAGGUCUUGCAAGAACUCGAGAACAUCGACGACGAGGUGGAUAUGUUCGGUAUUGACUUCGUGAAGAUCAAUGACCCAGAUGCCGCCCAGAGGUUUAACAUCCUACACACUCCCGCCCUCGUCUACUUCCGGAAGAAGACGCCCUUGGUAUACGACGGCGACCUCUUGGACGAGGAGAAGGUGUUCAACUGGCUGACCUCUCAAGACGUGUUCGAGAUCAAGGACGAGAUCGAGGAAGUGAACAGGAAGAUGCUCGAGAAACUGCUGGACGAGAACGACUUCGUGGCUGUGUUCUUCUACGAGGACAACCCCAAGUGCGAAGAGGUCCUCACGGAGCUGGAGAAGAUUGACGAUGACACUGACGACCUGGACAUCACCUUCGUCAAGAUCAGGGACACGCGCUACGCCAAGAAGUACGGUAUUCAGAAGCUCCCCGCCCUGGUCUACUUCAGAAGAAGGUUCCCGAGCAUAUACAGAGGAGACCUCAUGGUGGAGGACGAGGUGCUGGAGUGGCUGCAGAAGAACAGAUUCAAGCACCCGGAGUUGAACCUCUUCAUGUACGCCACUGGAGCCAUCACCUUCGCGUUCAUCAUGUACACGUUAUUCCUCAUUUUCUGUUUCAAGAGCCCGCACCAGAAGGCCGCGUGAUUACGUCCGCUCACCUAGAUCUAUCUCUGAAUGAAAUUUUAAAAUAUUUUUUUUGUUUUUUUUUUCGGUUUGCAUACGAUCGUUAUUGCUUUUUUUCUGAAGAUAUCAAAGCAUAUCAGCUUGCUGCGACUUAGAUGGUUGUGUUAUAUAGCUGUGGGGGGUGGAGGACAGGAGCGACUUAUAAUGGAUGUGAAGUAACACUAUAUUCAUGUUCACGCAACCUGAAUGAUCUGAAGGAAACAACAUUUUCACUAAACAUGGUAAUAGAAAUGAAAAGUGAGUCCAAUCGUGACCGUUUCAUCUCAUUUCACGAAGAAACAAAGAUGAGGAAACUAUAAUUGUGAUGAAAUUCAUUACAUACGUAAUUUUGACCAUAGAAGAAAAGAAUAGAUUACUGUCAGCCAAGGGGAAAUCUAGAUGCAAUGUUGUGAUGUUUUCAGUGCUCAAUAACAAGCGAUUUCCUAAAGAAUGUGAUAGCUUAGCAUGUGCGCACUCGAACUGGGCAGUAAAAGUACCUCAUUGACCUGGAACUUUCACAGCCCAUUCGACCUCACAGUGUCAACAAACGAAAACAAAAAAGCAUUUUAAACAAUGACCAUACAGCCACAGUGAACUGCAUCAAACUUUUGGGUCAAAUCACGCCAUGGAAGUACACACGAAUUGAUGAAGAAAAAGAUAAAUACAUACUUAGAUGGAUCAUCUAUCUCGGCACCGUGUUUACAAAUCAGAUUCACUGUGGCUAAAGAAUAACACUAAUGCCUUGCUAAUGCUAACUAUAUGGGGUAAGGCGAUAAAAUAAUAGUUCGAGAAAGCUCCGUUCUUUUAUGCCUUCCGCGUGAAGGGGCGGACGCUUUCCUAGUCUGGCGUGUGUCCCGGGGUGCUCAAAGACGCCUUUAUCACUUGUCUUAUUUAUACACUCCUACGCCCUUCUCUUCCAUCCUCCUUUAUAUUUUUUAUCCUUUUCUAUGAUCCCUUCUCCCCUGUCUCUCCCCUGGCUUUGACUGAUACCUUUUACCACAAAGGGGAUUCACGACGAAAUCUUAAGACCUGGGGGUUACGGUGUAAAUUUAUAGAAUAUUGGAGAUUCAAAGCUAUUGAUUUCAGAAAAGGGUCAGGAGAUGAUUAUUUUUAUUUUCUAUUGAAGAAAAAAUGUGUUACAGGCAUAAAUGGCAUCCCUGAUUUUUUUAUACUCCUUGCCAUGGUCUUAUCCAAUAGAAAUCAGUCGGAACUGGCCUGUUGUAUUUCUCCUUUCCAUUUCAGUGUUGGUAGCGUGUCUGUUAUGUGUACAGUGUUAAAAAGAGUCCAGUGGCCUAUGUUUAACUAUUUCUGCCAUAGACAUAUGGAGAUUCUUUUGAUGUUCCUAUGCCCGCUGUGAUUCUGUACCUUGUUCGUGUAUAAGGCAUUUAUGCAAACUUGUUUCUACCUGACACUAAACUCAUGAAACGUUUCUGUCCGUGAAGUGGAAGAAGUGAACAGUAAUGCCCUUCAGAGGCAGCCGUGACAUGACGGAAUGACAAUAUAUUCACUAGGUGCUGAUUUCCUAAGAAAAAAGUUUCGUAUAGUCACAUAUAGAACACUAAACUAAGCUAGGUUUCUAAGUAGCAUCAUCUUCACAGACAGAAUUUAAAACGUUGUGAUAAACAAUGUUAUCCUUUGUUACAUGUAAAUUCUUCUUUAACCUCUAUAACCUUUUAUAAGCAUUUUAAGCAAGACGACACACAAGUACACUCUUCUCUGGAAGACGAGUUACAAUGGUGAUUGUUAAAUAGAAUGUUACUUAAGAUUGUUACUGUGCAAUGUUUAGCAUCGUGAGAAGUAGGGAUGUCCGUCCGCUAGAGCUCUCUGCUGCUGCUACAGGUAAUUACAUAUUUAUUCAUUAUUCAUAUUUCAAAUGAUAUUUUACACAUGAGCUUUGUUAGCUUUUUUAAUACACAAUAUUUUGUGAUGUUAUAACAACGUUUCUCGCAGAAUCAAUGAAUGUCUGGUAGAGUUUUUGAGAUAGUUACAGCUGUUAUGAUAUUAACUUUUGAUAGAAGUUAUAAACGCAAAUAUUUUAUAAAGUAAAUGCGUUCUCUAUAGCAUCAGAUGUAAAUAGAAUUGCAGUUCAAUAUAUCUUUAGUUACAACUAUACUCGUAAUAUCACCUCUAAAAUUAGCUAAACAACGCAAUUUUGAAGUCAGAACUUGUCUUCCACAUGGACUGAGGAACAGCAUAUUACACAGUUCCUGGAUCCAUUUACCUUUCCUACUCUUCCUCUCGGAACUUCUUUUUUUCCCGUCUCUACCGUAGCCAAUUCUACCAGUAUAUUCUCCCUCGUAUCUUAUUUAUCUACUGCCUUCUUUUCUAACCCCGCUCCCCUUGUUCACACAGCUAGACUCUUGGCUAACAUAGUGGUAAAAUACGCAAUGUUCUGUACAUUCUGACUUCCAUGUAUAAUAAAGAAAUAUUUGCUA